UUGUCAAAUUUUUGUGUUCUUUCUUCGAUCCGCCGUUCAGUCGUGGAAAGUUGUAGCAUUUCCAGCGUAAAUUUUCCCUGAUUUUCUUGCAAAAAAUGGUGCACUACGUGAAAAUGGAAGAUGGCAAAGUUAUGCCAAUACAGGAUAUGCUGAAAAGCAUUGAACGCUACAAUCCGGAACAUCUGAAAGUGAUCGAAGCAUAUGUUGAGGAACAAGCCCGCGACAAUCAGUACGAUCUGGAAGCGAAUCUAGCUUGUCUGAAGCUCUAUCAGUUCAAUCCGCAGCUGAUGAACCUGGACGUGACGUACGUGAUUCUGUUGAAAGCUUUGACCAACUUCCCCCACACCGAUUUUGUCCUGUGCAAGUGUUUGCUGCUGCCGGCCCAGAUGAACGACGACACGGUCAAGGAAAUCAUUUACCUGGCUGAUAUCCUGGAGAAGUGUGACUUUACGCUGUUCUGGUCCCGCGUUGCCAAGAAUCCACCUUUCUUCAAGAAGAUUAGCGGAUUCUUCGAUUCGAUCCGGAAGUUUGUGUGUCACGUCGUAGGAAUCACUUUCCAGUCCAUCGAGAAGCAAUAUUUGGUGCGACUUUUGGGAGACGUUGACGAUAAUGUUCUCCGCGCUUGGGUCAAGAAGAACAACUGGAAGGAGGAUGGCCAAUACAUAACGGUGGCCGUGCAGGAAGGCAACAUCAAGACGAAGCACAUUACCGAGAAGAUUGACUUUGAAAAUCUUGCUCCCCUGAUGGCCAACUGUUUGUAGAGAGAGAACUGUUGUUGGAACUCGGCUGGAAGAUGUGCCAGCUGCAUUCCUAGAGAAUAAGUAUGCAAACUAAACGAAUGAGAGUACGAACA